UAUCACCCAUCUUGCAGUGCAUUGCUCAGUUCAUUUCUAUCUUUGGGAUUCAAUUGACUGGCAUCUCUCACCUCAUUAUCUAUAUGCACUUGCAAAUGACUUAUGUUUAAGUUACCAGUUGGAUGAUUUGCCUCAUGCUCGCUCACGUUUGAUCCUCAACCUUAUAGCGAAUAGAUGCGCAACUCGGUGCUGCUGCUUCCUCCAUGCAGGGAACGUAAAUUGGAUCGAUUUAAGAUUUGUGACCAUAACAGCCCAGAUAAUUACAAGCACGGGGAGGAUCCCUCAGCAGGAAGGCUGGGUGACAUGAGUUCGCUUAACCGGAGCCAAAGCAGCGCGCGGCGCAGUGACUACGUAUGGCAAUAUGAAUACUACGACGAAGAGCCUGUCUCUUUUGAGGGACUCAUGGUGCACAGAUACUCCAUCGUAAUCGGAUUCUGGGUUGGACUUGCAGUGUUUGUCAUUUUUAUGUUUUUUGUUCUUACGCUGCUCACAAAGACAGAAGCGCCACAUCAAGAAAAUCCAGAUUCUGAGAACCUGCCUGGCCCGGGAAAUUGCCUUGUGAACAUCACAGGUCCGAAAGUGGAUGAGGACGACUCCGAUGACGACAAAGUCGUUUCCCGUCCCUUCCUAGCAGAGUCCCGCUCUUACUUCCAUUUCUACAUCAGUGAGGAUGGAGAGGAUAUGCAAAGACAAAAGCCUGAAGCAAAGCAGAAUGGACCAUUGGGGACCUAUAUGCAGUCAGGAGGUACCACGCCUGCUGUGAUGGUUGAGCAAGAAGAUGAAGACCUGAGGAUACUCUAUCAAGAGUUACCUAUCAAUGGACCCAUGGUUGAUGAGAGGCAGACUGACGCACAUUGUGCCUUCUUGACUCACUUGACGAUCCCAAAUUUUGUCAACUUUGAGCAAAACUCACUUGGAGAAGAUGACCUCCUGUGUGAGCCACACAUCACACUGGACCAAAACAUAAAUAAUCCCCGAGGUGACAUCCCUUAAAAUUAUUACUAAAAAGAGAGCAAGGAAGUCAUUUGUAGUUUUUUCCCCUUCCUAAAGAUGGGAACUAUUUUGGACAUCACGCAGAACUGGGAAACCAAACUGACUGAUGAACGAUUUGAUGUAUGAAUGCAAUUAAGAUCUUUAAAGGUGGGACAUGUUUGAAGUAUAGGCAAAAUACAAUGACAUGAAAGCUGCCAGGUAAGAAGAAACUAUUUUCUCUUUGUCUGAAAUAUUUCAUUCUCGUUAGAUUGCAGGUUUUGCAUAGUAGUUGUGGUACACAUGGCAGCCAACAUAGUAGCACAGUUUUCAGUCUCUAAAUGUGACCUGUGAGUGGCGACCAAUCCAUGGUGUAGUACAGCUGUAUCAUACUUU